AUGGUUGGUCGUAUAUAGAUAGUAAGUCUUAAAAUGUGCUGAAGACAAUAUAAUUAAAUCAACCAAAUAAAUCUUAUUAAGGAACUUAGCUUAUAGUUCAGAAAAAUAUAGAGUGAAGGAUCAAUAACACAGGAAUGCUGAGGGAAACAACAAUGGAACCUUGGAUACGUGCUGUUUUUCUAGUAAUGGUAUUGUUUCCAGCAUUGGCAGAGGCCAAGGUUAGGCACUACAACUUCAAGGUGGUCAUGAAGAACUACACAAAGCUUUGUUCCACCAAGCCCAUUGCUACUGUCAACGGCAAAUUUCCAGGGCCAACCCUUCGAGCAAGGGAAGGUGACAAUGUUCUAGUCAAGGUCAUCAAUGAUGUCAGUUACAAUGUCACUAUACAUUGGCAUGGCAUACGGCAGCUUAGAACAGGAUGGUCAGAUGGUCCGGCAUACAUAGCACAAUGCCCUAUACAACCGGGACAAAGCUAUCUUUACAACUUCAGCAUCAUAGGGCAAAGAGGCACACUUUUCUGGCACGCACAUAUAUCUUGGCUAAGGGCCACUAUGCAUGGAGCCAUUGUUAUUCUGCCUAAGAAAGGCACCCCAUACCCUUUCCCACAGCCUGUCAAAGAAAAAAUUAUUGUGUUAGCGGAAUGGUGGAAAGCAGAUACAGAAGCAGUGAUUAAUCAAGGUACACUGUCUGGUAUGCCACCAAAUGUAUCAGAUGCACAUACCAUGAAUGGAUAUACUGGACCAAUUCGGAAUUGUUCAAUCUCUUCUCAGGGUACUUAUACCCUACAUGUUGAGCAUAACAAAACCUAUCUUCUACGCAUUAUCAAUGCUGCAAUCAAUGACGAGAUUUUUUUCAGAAUUGCUGGUCACAAAUUUACUGUGGUAGAAGUUGAUGCAAGCUACACAAAACCAUUUGUAACAGACACUAUCUACAUAGCCCCUGGACAAACUACAAAUGCACUUCUUAAGGCUGAUCAAUCCCCUUCCAAGAAAUACUUAAUUGGCAUGUCUUCCUUCAUGGAUGCGCCAUCAGUAGCUGUCGAUAACACAACAAACUAUGGCCUAUUGCGCUACAAUGGCGGUCCACUUGGCUCGCGCCUUGUCUUAACCACAAUGCCUCCAAUCAACGCAACCAAAGCUCAAUUAAAUUUUAGCAAUGCACUUCGAAGUCUAAACUCGAAAAAAUAUCCCGCGCAAGUCCCCUUAACCAUUGAUCAUUCUCUACUAUUCACCACGGGUGUUGGUGUUAACCCUUGUGCAACAUGUCUAAAUGGUAGUAAACUCGUAGGUAACAUUAACAAUGUUACGUUUGUUAUGCCAAGUAUUGCAUUGCUUCAGGCUUAUUACUACAACAUUAGUGGAGUUUUUACAGAUGAUUUUCCAUCGAAGCCUCCUACUAAUUUCGAUUAUACUAUUGCAAAUUAUACUGGAGGUUUGGCUACUAUGAAUGGUACUAAGGUUUACAGGUUAAGUUAUAAUGCGACGGUACAAGUUGUGCUACAAGAUACGUCCAUCAUUGCGCCCGAAAGCCAUCCGCUACACCUACAUGGGACUAAUUUCUUCGUUGUUGGUAUGGGUACAGGCAAUUAUAAUGCUACUAAGGAUUUUAAAAACUUCAAUCUCGUCGAUCCGGUUGAGCGCAAUACAAUCGAUGUACCUACUGGUGGAUGGACUGCUAUCAGAUUUCGAGCUGAUAAUCCAGGUGUUUGGUUUAUGCAUUGUCAUCUGGAGGUACACACUUCAUGGGGACUAAAGAUGGCAUUUUUAAUAGAGAAUGGUGAUGGACCAAAUAAGUCUAUCAUGCCACCUCCAAAAGACCUACCUAAAUGUUAAAAGUUCAAUAAAAAAAGACAUCCUUGCAUAGAUUCCAUUGGCUUAUGCUCAAUGGAGAGAGAAGAUUCUUUGGAGAUUCUUUAUUAAAAAAACUUUGGGUUUCAACUUUUUGUGUUGUUACACAACAAAAGAGAGGGAGUAUUAUUAUAAAAUAAUUUACUAUAUGAGUGAUUUAAUUUCUUGGGAGAAGUUUGGUUUCCCAACUUCAAACUGCAAAGCAGCUUCAAAGUGCAUCAUUAGGAGAAGAAAACUGAAAGAAGAUAAUAUGGCAGUGCUUUAUUUUUUUUUAUUUCUAGAUUUUCUUCUAAGUUAUGUAAAUUUGUGCAAUGUUUUAGGACAAAACAACACAACCCCAUCCCUUUUGGUUCUGUUUUGUUUGCUUUUGUAUAGGCAUAAAGUUUGCUACAUAUCUCUCCAAUAAAUGAAAUUGUUUGAAACUUCAUAAUAAA